AUGACUCCUUUUGAUAUAUUCUUAGCUUUGAGAUUUUCAACUGUUUAUUAUUCUAUAUAGAUGUUUACAGGCAGAAUUUCAGCUAGUGAAAAUACCUAAUUAGGAGAUUGGUUAGCAAAUCAUUUAGGAGAAGGUUAUGAUGUAAUGAAAGAAAAUUUCUUAGAAUAAUUCUCCAAUCCAUAUAUCUUAGAGUUUUUUACAGAUGAAAAUUUUGAUGUACUUUUUAUGAAAACUAAUUCUUCAAAUAUGGAAAAGAAAACAAUUUCUUUUAGAGAAUCUUUAAAUGUUUUAUUAUAAUAUUAAUACUAAUUUAAGAUUGCAUAUCAACAGAAAACUCCUUUAUUGUCUCAAGCUUUUACUGCCUAUCCAUAUGCAAACUAUUUAAAUUUACAUGAUAAGUUUGAUAAUUUAACAUCCAGUAUUCUUGAAUAUACGAAAUAAAGGAAAUAAAUAGUUUAAGAAAAUUGGACUAGAAUUUGGAUACCAUUUCUUAUUGUUGAUUUUUUAUUAAUUGUAGGUUGCUAUUAUCUUUAUAAAAGUUAUCUAUAAAUAUAUGAUAGCUUUUUAAACUUAUUCAAAUAUGCUGAAACUAUUUGGAUCAAUAGAGAUAUGGAGAGGUAUAAAAUUUUAAUCAACAUUUUAACUAAGAAUUCUGAUGUUAUGUUUAAAUAUUAAUUUGAUUUGGAAUAAAAAGAAAAAUUUAUGAUGGCUGAAAGAUAUAAAUUAGAAAAUUAAGGAAUUCAUGAAAGUAAGAAAAAGAAAUCAUAUAAAGAACACAAUUAAAUGCCUACAUUAAUUGGAUUAAUUUCUCUAUCAGCUUUAUUUUCAGUAUUCUUCAUCUCAUCAUUAUUGAUUUAAUUGUCUACAAAUGAUUAUCUCGAUAAAUAUGGUCGUACAGCAGAUAUCUAUAAAUAUAUUGGAGAUUUAUGUUAUAAAAUACCAGGGUUAUUUUCAUAGAGGUAAUUUCUAUAUUGGUGGGCAAUUUAUUAUCUAGAUGUUAAUGACAAACCUAGAAUGUAGAAUAGACUUUUUGAUGGAAUUGAAAGUUGUAAGAAAUUUGAUAUGAUGAUGUAAUAUUUUGAUUAAGAAACUUAUUUAACAACUCAAGCUUUUGUUGAUUCCUUAACCAAUUUAACAAAAAAGCCAGUUUGUGACUUUUUUAAUCAAACAAUAUAAAAGGAUUACUCUUUUUACUGUAAUCGAUCAUUUGAAGGUGCUUUGACAAUGGGAAUCACAUAGGCACUAAUAUAUGUAGGAAAUGCCUUUACAGUUGCAUAUGAAUUAAACAAUUUCACAUCAAUUGUCUAAUAUUUUAAAUAUGAAGCAGAAGGAAUGUAUAUAAUGGUUAAGGGAUUGAUUGAAUUAGUAAGCUCAUUAAAAGAUGCAUUACUUCAAGCCACAAAUUCACAUAUGAAUUAAAUUAUAGGUUUAAGUGUAUUCCUUUUAGUAUUUUAAAUUUUAAUAUUCCUGAUACAAUUUUUUAUACUUCAUAGAUAUUAUUCACAUGAAUAUUAAUUAGUGAGAAGAUAUAUGUUGUUAUUACCCUCCUCGACUGUCUUAUUAGAUGACAAUUUUGAAAGAAAUAUUAGAAUAUUUUAUACACAAUUCUAAUUAUGA